AUGACAACUCUCGCACACUCAAGUUAUUAUAUGUGGUCAACGUGGCAGACUGGAGCGAAAACUGACUUAAAUCCCACACUCUUGUGUCUUAACCCGAAGCUCACACUCUAUGUGUAUGGUACUACUUCUACCUCCACACUCUAUGUGUAUGGUACUACGUCUACCUCCACGCUCUAUGUGUAUGGUACUACUUCUACCUCCACGCUCUGUGUGUAUGGUACUACUUCUACCUCCACGCUCUGUGUGUAUGGUACUACUUCUACCUCCACACUCUAUGUGUAUGGUACUACUUCUACCUCCACACUCUAUGUGUAUGGUACUACUUCUACCUCCACGCUCUGUGUGUAUGGUACUGCUUCUACCUCCACGCUCUAUGUGUAUGGUACUACUUUUACCUCCACACUCUAUGUGUAUGGUACUACUUCUACCUCCACGCUCUAUGUGUAUGGUACUACUUCUACCUCCACGCUCUGUGUGUAUGGUACUACUUCUACCACCACACUCUAUGUGUAUGGUACUACUUCUACCUCCACACUCUAUGUGUAUGGUACUACUUCUACCUCCACGCUCUGUGUGUAUGGUACUACUUCUACCUCCACGCUCUGUGUGUAUGGUACUACUUCUACCUCCACACUCUAUGUGUAUGGUACUACUUCUACCUCCACACUCUAUGUGUAUGGUACUACUUCUACCUCCACGCUCUGUGUGUAUGGUACUACUUCUACCUCCACACUCUAUGUGUAUGGUACUACUUCUACCUCCACACUCUAUGUGUAUGGUACUACUUCUACCUCCACGCUCUGUGUGUAUGGUACUGCUUCUACCUCCACGCUCUAUGUGUAUGGUACUACUUUUACCUCCACACUCUAUGUGUAUGGUACUACUUCUACCUCCACGCUCUAUGUGUAUGGUACUACUUCUACCUCCACGCUCUGUGUGUAUGGUACUACUUCUACCUCCACACUCUAUGUGUAUGGUACUACUUCUACCUCCACACUCUAUGUGUAUGGUACUACUUCUACCUCCACGCUCUGUGUGUAUGGUACUACUUCUACCUCCACGCUCCAUGUGUAUCAUCGGCCAACCACACACCUCAGUUAG